AAAUUCCGCGGAGUUUAUUCCACUCUGAUUCUAAUUUGAACAAAAGCGGGAAACAGCUGAUAGGAAAAUGACUAGUGUUCAGCAAGAAACUAAAACUUCCAAUGCAGUAACAUUGAAGGGUUCAGCUAAACUUGUUUCAGAAUUUUUUAAUUUUGGUAUUAAUUCAAUCCUUUACCAACGCGGAGUUUAUCCUGCAGAAUCUUUUACUAGGAAGCAGGAGUACGGGUUGACCCUUCUAGUUUCCACCGACCCUGAGGUCAACAAAUAUCUGGAGAACAUCCUGCAACAGAUCAAAGACUGGUUAGAGGAGAGAAAGGUAAAAAGGUUAGUCUUGGUAUUGACGAAUGUGAGCAGCAAGGAGGUCUUGGAGCGUUGGGAGUUUAAGAUCGAGCAUGAGACGACGACGAGUGCUGACGGGACUGUGAAGUUUAUUGACGAAACGUCAAAGGACGAAAAAACUAUAAAAGGAGAGAUCAGGGAUGUAAUCAGACAGAUAACCGCUAGUGUAACUUUUCUCCCUUUGAUAGACUGCCUCUGUUCCUUUGAUAUUCUGAUAUACACACACAAUGAUACCGAGGUACCAACUGAAUGGGCCGACAGUGACCCCUGCAUUAUUCAAAACUCUGAGGAAGUUCAGUUGCGUACUUUCAGCACCAAUGUUCAUACAGUCUCGGCAGCAGUUUCUUAUAAAACUGACUGAAUAUCAUAGAAUCUCUUUUUCAACACUUUGGAUUUAGUAUUUAUUGAACUACAUUGAAAAAUUCUGUUUCUAAUCUUAACUUUAACUCUCUUUUUCAUCAAGUUUAUGGAUGCAUAUGAGGGUAGGUGUAGAAUUCGAACAAAAUGACGUCUUAAACAAUUGACGAGAUUCAAAAAUAACAAUAUUUCACAUACUUCAUGUAUUUUAUGGAAUUCAUCCAACCUUCAUUUAUUUUUAUCAGAUUUGUGAAUCAUUCUUAUUCUAAACAUAAAAUUCAACAGUAGAAAAACCAUUAUCCUAUUUUUGUGCGACUUUUUAUAAAAUUUCGUAUUAAACGGAACAAAUAUUUCAGAA